AUGGCAGACCCAGUCGACAUUGUCUCAGUCAGCCAAACCAUCCAAAAGCUUCAAGGAAAGGUCGCAGUCGUCACUGGUGAAGCCAGUGGCAUCAGUGAAGCAACCACACGGAAAUUUGCCUUGCAUGUCGCACGUGCCAUGGUUAUCACCGAUGUUCUGGAUGGCAAAGGCCAAAACGUAGUUGCAUCGAUCGGUCCUGACCACUCCAUUUACAUCCAUUGCGACGUGAUCGAUGAAGACCAGGUCAAAAUCUUGGUAGAAUCCACAAUCAAGAUUUACGGCUGCCUCGAUAUGAUGUUUAGCAACACCGGUAUUGGCAGCGCGUCAAAGCAGACCGUGAUGGACCUCAACCUUUUCCCUGUCUGCAACUCCCUCACUCACUCUUUCUGCUCUCACUUGCAGAGAGACAAUGGCAGCGACGGCCGCCGUGCCCACUCUUCUCCUCACGAGUUUCUUUUUCGCUGCUCUCCACGUCUCUUCGAAUCCAGAUGCCAAACCUCUUCUGUCAUUCAAAGCGACGUCGGACGCAUCCAACCAGCUCACCACCUGGAACUCCACCUUCGUUGA